AACAUGUGAAGGUUGAAGACAAGAAUCGUGAAAGCCGAGCAAGAAUGUCUGCAUUGAUGAAAAUUGAAGCAGACAAACCCAGAGGGCUCUGCUUGGAGGCCUCAAUACCUGUAGCAUCCAAUUCAGAACUGGAGCAGACUCAAGACAGCAAAGAUGUCAGCCAUCAGAUGUUGGUGAUUAAAGUGGUUCCCCAUGACUGGAGCCCCGGUUUGGACCAGCAGGACCCAGAACCCCCCCACAUAAAGGAGGAAGAUGAGGAACUGUGGAUCAGUCAGGAAGGAGAGCAGCUUACUGCAAAUGGUGACGAUGAAGAGAAAACUCAGUUAUCAAAGCCUUAUCAGAUCAAAACUGAAGACCACAGAGAUACUGAAGGUUCAACCAGCAGCUCAGCUGAACAGAUGGAAACAGAAACGGAAGAAGAGGACUGUGGCGGACCAGAACCAGACGGAAACACAAGUCCAGCAUGUUCUUUUCGACAAACUGAGGUGACAGUUAAGGAGAAAAGAAAAACGUCUGAUCUGCAUUCCAAAUUCAUGGCUCCUACCGGAGGAAGCCCAUUUCACUGCAAUUUCUGUGGUAAAAGAUUCAAACGUAAGACUAAUGUUAAAUUACACAUGAUGAUCCACACAGGCAAUAGAGAGCAUAGCUGUGAUGUCUGUGGGAAAGGAUUUAAAGAAAAACAUUAUCUUCAGACACACAUGAGACUCCACACUGGAGAGAAACCUUUCGCCUGUGACCAGUGUGAUAAAAGGUUUCAUGCAAAGACAAGUCUUAAAACUCACCUGAAGGUUCAUUCAGGGGAAAAACCUUUUCCAUGUGACAUUUGUGGCACAAGGUUUAAAAUGAAGGGAACUCUUAAAAACCACAUGAUGAUUCACACCGCAGAGAAACCAUUUGUGUGUACCGUGUGCAGUAAAGGAUUUUCACUUCAAGUCCACCUAAAGAGUCACAUGUGUGUCCACACAGGGGAGAAGCUGUUCACUUGUAGUGUUUGUACCAAAGGAUUUUCACAACAAAUUCAUCUAAAGAUUCACAUGCGCAUUCAUACCGGAGAGAAGCCGUUUAUUUGCAGUGUUUGUUCCAAAGGAUUUUCACAAAAAGAGACCUUAAAGAGGCACAUGUGUGUUCACACGGGAGAAAAACCGUUUAUUUGUAGUGUUUGCAGUAAGGGAUUUUCACAAAAAGAGACACUGAAGAGACACAUGUGUGUUCACACCGGUGAGAAGCCAUUCAUUUGUGGUCUUUGCUCUAAAGGAUUUUCACAACAAAUUCAUCUGAAAAGUCACAUGCGUGUUCACACAGGAGAGAAACCAUUUGUCUGUAGAGUUUGUGCCAAGGCAUUUUCAAAACAAGAGUCUCUAAAGAGACACGUGUGCUCACACAGAAGAUAAACUUUGUGGUAAAGGAACAGGUUUUCCCUGUACUCCUACAAAUUUAUUUAAAGGGAAAGUGAAAAUAGUUGCUCUAAUAGGAAGAGCUGUUAAGUUACAU